GCCCGCAAGAACUAGUAAAGAAAACACACAACUGGCCUUUGGCGCGAUCACCUAUCUCCCUCACCAGGAAAGUAGCUCCGAACAGCCAAUCAGCGGCGACGCUGGACGUAGACAUGCUACGCCGUCACAUUAAAGCAAAAUGGCUGCGCCCUGCGGAUUCUGUCUUGUUGCCUAAGUUUUUUUUUUGCCCUUCCCUCCUGUCAGGUUCAAAGUCAGAUUUUCUCCCAGCAUGUUCUCCUUCCGAGGAUGUGGCGGUCGGGUCGCGGCUUCUUUCACCAAGAGGCAUUUUCCAUUGCCCCGAUUGGGCAGUGACAGCGCGGAGCCCCGGACUCCACACUUCGACGUGAUAGUCAUUGGUGGAGGACAUGCCGGGACUGAGGCAGCCACUGCAGCCGCUCGGUGCGGCUCUCGGACUUUGCUUCUCACGCACCGCGUGGACACUAUCGGUCAGAUGUCAUGCAAUCCUUCCUUUGGUGGCAUUGGAAAGGGGCAUUUAAUGAGGGAAGUAGAUGCCUUGGAUGGCCUGUGUUCUCGCAUCUGUGACCAGUCUGGUGUACAUUACAAAGUAUUAAAUCGGUGUAAGGGACCAGCUGUGUGGGGUCUCAGAGCUCAGAUUGAUAGGAAACUCUAUAAACAGAACAUGCAGAAAGAAAUCUUGAGUACACCGCUGCUUACUGUUCAGGAGGGAGCUGUAGAAGAUCUUAUUCUUACAGAACCAGAGCCUGAACACACUGGGAAAUGCCGUGUCAGUGGUGUUAUUUUGGUGGAUGGAAGCACAGUAUAUUCAGAGAGUGUGAUUCUGACUACCGGGACAUUUCUGAGAGGCAUGAUUGUAAUUGGAUUGGAGAUGCAUCCAGCAGGACGUUUAGGGGAUCAGCCUUCUAUAGGAUUGGCUCAGACGCUGGAGAAGUUAGGGUUUGUGGUGGGAAGGUUGAAGACUGGGACUCCACCCCGAAUUGCCAAAGAUUCCAUUAAUUUCAGUAUUCUAAACAAGCAGACGCCAGACAAUCCAUCCUUACCAUUCAGCUUUAUGAAUGAGACAGUAUGGAUUAAGCCAGAAGAUCAGCUGCCAUGUUACUUGACUCACACCAACCCUAGAGUGGAUGAGAUUGUUCUUAAGAACCUUCACCUUAAUAGUCAUGUUAAGGAAACAAUAAGAGGACCCCGAUAUUGUCCCUCCAUUGAGUCAAAAGUUUUACGUUUUCCAAACCGUCAACAUCAGGUUUGGUUGGAACCUGAAGGAAUGGAUUCUGACCUUAUCUACCCACAGGGGUUAUCUAUGACACUACCAGCUGAGUUACAAGAGAAAAUGAUCACAUGCAUCAGAGGCUUGGAGAAAGCUAAAGUGAUUCAGCCAGGCUAUGGUGUUCAGUAUGAUUACUUAGAUCCCCGUCAGAUCACUCCUUCUCUGGAGACUCAUUUAGUUCAACGGCUCUUCUUUGCUGGACAGAUCAAUGGUACCACUGGUUAUGAGGAAGCUGCAGCUCAAGGUGUGAUAGCUGGAAUCAACGCCAGUCUUCGGGUCAAUCGCAAGCCUCCCUUUGUGGUUAGCCGAACAGAAGGUUAUAUAGGAGUCUUGAUUGAUGACCUCACCACUCUGGGCACCAGUGAACCAUACCGCAUGUUUACCAGCCGAGUAGAGUUCCGUUUGUCACUGCGCCCCGAUAAUGCUGACAGCCGUCUCACACUGCGAGGAUAUAAAGAAGCUGGCUGUGUGUCCCAACAGCGAUAUGAAAGAGCUUGUUGGAUGAAGUCUUCUUUAGAAGAAGGCAUUUCUGUGUUGAAAUCUAUUGAGUUUUCAAGCUCUAAGUGGAAAAACUUAAUCCCAGAGGCUUCUAUAAGUACUAGUAGAAGUCUGCCUGUCAGAGCUCUCGAUGUUCUGAAGUAUGAGGAAGUUGACGUGGAUUCAUUAGCCAAGGCUGUUCCAGAGCCCUUGAAGAAGUAUACUAAAUGUAGAGAGCUAGCUGAAAGACUGAAAAUAGAAGCCACUUAUGAAUCAGUAUUGUUCCAUCAGCUACAAGAAAUAAAGGAAGUUCAGCGAGAUGAAGCUCUCCAACUGCCAAAAGACCUAGAUUAUUUGACUGUCAGGGAUGUGUCUUUGUCCCAUGAAGUUAGAGAGAAACUACAUUUUAGUCGUCCACAGACGAUCGGGGCUGCUAGUCGUAUACCUGGAGUAACACCUGCUGCCAUCAUCAAUCUGCUGAGAUUUGUGAAGACCACUCAACAAAGACAGGCAGCUAUGAAUGAAUCACCCAAGACUGAUCAAUACUUACGUGAUACAGACAGACUUCAAGAGAGAGAGUUACAGCUUUCAAUUCCUAAAAGAUUUUUAAAGAGCAUGUAAAUAAUUUGAUCAAUACAAAAGUAUAGAUAAAAGAAUUAUUUAGCACCUGUUAAAAUAGCUUUAUUAGGUUACUUUGGGUUGGCUGUUAAUUUAUGAAUGGGACAGAGAUCGUAACUGUGCUUUUUGGGGUAUAUGAAAAAACUAGGGCCGGGCCUGGUGGCUCAAGCCUGUAAUCCCAGCACUUUGGGAGGCCGAGGCGGGUGGAUCACGAGGUCGGCAGAUCGAGACCAUCCUGGUCAACACGGUGAAACCCCGUCUCUACAAAAAAUUAGCUGGGCACAGUGGUGUGUGCCUGUAAUCCCAGCUACUCGGGAGGCUGAGGCGGGAGAAUUGCCUGAACCCAGGGGGCAGAGGUUGCGGUGAGCCAAGAUCGCGCCAUUGCCCUCCAGCCUGGGUAACGAGCGAAACUCCGUCUCAAAAAAAGAAAAAACUAGUUGUAAACAAUUUGUACUCUUUCUCUAAGGAGCUCAAAUACAAAUAACUUUGUGCAGGGUUCCUGAAAGAGAGAGAGAGAUAGUGAACCUAAAACCAAGCCUGAAAGAAAAACAACAUGCAGAUUUGCCUACUCAUAGAGACUUUGCCUAUUAAGUAUACCAAAUUAAAACUCUUAUUCACCUUGUUUUGAGAGUUAGUAAUCUUUUGCUUGGUUAUACUAGGCUAGGAAGUAAUAUCAAAGCCCUUAAAUUCUUAAGGCUAAAGACUUGAGAUUAUGUAAAAUUAUCCAGAAUCAUUCAACUAAUACUAUUGGAAUAUAGUAUGUAGGGUGAAAGUUGACAGAAAUCUGUACUACUUCAGGAAAUCCUCAAUUGUAAUUAUUUUUGAGCAUUAAUGAAAACCUUAUAAAAUAGAAA